AGAUCCGGAACGAAAGGGAAAUUCACCGACGGAAUGGAACUGCUUCCAGUGUUUCAGGACACCCACGUCAUGAUCUUCGUGGGAUUCGGCUUCCUGAUGACCUUCUUGCGGCGCUACGGCUACGGGGCCGUGGGCUUCAAUUUCCUGCUCGGGGCCCUGGCCGUCCAAUGGGCGAUCCUUUGUCAAGGCUUCAUGCAUGCCCGAGUGAUCAGGGAAGAGAAGAUCCACGUCACACUCACCACUCUCCUGAACGCGGACAUCGCCGCGGCGACGGUGUUGAUCGCCUUCGGAGCAGUGCUGGGGAGGACGACGCCCUUGCAGCUCAUUUUCAUGGCGAUGGUGGAGAUGGUCAUCUUUGCCAUCAAUGAGUACCUGGUCUACGAGAAGUUCAAAGCCAGCGACAUCGGCGGAUCCAUAGUGAUCCACACGUUUGGCGCCAUCUUCGCCCUCGGACUGGCAGUGGGGACGGUGAAACGCGGAGUCGGAGGCAUGACCUUGCCGCAGAAGGCUCCCAAUUACUCCUCCAACCUCUUCUCCAUGAUCGGUACCCUCUUCCUGUGGGUCUACUGGCCGAGCUUCAACGCCGCCCUGGCCGUGCCAUCUGCUCAAGAGGCGGCCAUCGUCAACACCUACCUGUCUCUGGCCGCUUCCGUCGUUUCCACUUUCGCCAUCACGAUCUUCGAUUGCAUUCAGAACGCUACCCUGGCCGGCGGUGUGGGGGCAGGGGCAGUGUGCGACCUCCUCCGCCACCCGUUCGGAGCCAUCGUCGUCGGAUCCCUCGCCGGGGCCAUUUCCACGUGUGGCUUUCGCUUUGUCACGCCGGUCCUCGAGAAGAAAUUCGGAAUCAGCGACACUUGCGGCGUGUUGAAUCUCCACGGAACUCCGGGGAUACUCUCCGCGAUCGCCAGCGCCAUCAUCCUCGUCGCUGAAUACCUCCCAAUUUCUCCUUACGGGCAAGUGGAACCGAGUCUUUGA